AUGAAUUUUAAUUUUGAACAAAUUUUAGAAUAUAAUUUUGAUUUUAAAAAGUUACAUAAAAAUAAAUUAAAAAAUAAUAAUCUUUCAGAAAAUGAAGACGACUAUGCAACUACUGUUAUAGAAUGUUUAAUUCAUUUAUGUGAAGUUAUACCAACCAAUAAAAUUUAUAGUGGUGCAAAUAAAUUUAUAAGUUGUUUUUAUGAAUUUAUGAAUGAAAGAUUUAUUGAAACAUUAGUUUUAGAAUUUUAUGAUUUAAUGACAACUGAUAAUAGUAAAGUUACAACCGGAAUAUUUGAUCAAUUCUUUUCACUUAUUAAAAAAUCUGAUAUUAUUUAUAAAUCAUUUUAUGAAUGGGAUUCAAAUAUUCUAGAAAACAGGUUUAUCUUUAAAAAUAAUAAUAAUAAUAUUGAUGGUGAUGAUGAUGAUGGUAAUGAAGAUGAUUAUUUUGGACGUUUCUCAAUUUUAUCAAUAUUAGAGGAUGACAAUUCACAUAUAAUUUCAAAUUAUUUCAAAUUUACAAAUUAUGAAAGAUUAGAAGAUCUUUGGAUUAUGAUUUGUCAUUAUCAAGCAACUGAUAUAGCAAAAGCUCUUUUUAACUUAUAUUAUGACAGUAAAGAAGAUUGUAUUAGUGUAUUUGCAAGUGAUGAUAAUAAUAAUAAAAUUUCAAUAUCAAUAUUAAGAAUUUUAGAAAUUACUUCUAUUGAAUUUUCAUUGCCCGUUUUAACUGUUAUUGUGGAAAAUACUCCAAAUUUUUUAAAUUCAAUACCAACAAAAACUAGUAUGCUUGGUAUGAAAUUUAAAUUACAUAAUAAUAAUAAUAAUAAUAAUAAUAAUAAUAAUAAUAAUAAUAAUAAUAAUAAUAAUAAUAAUAAUAAUAAUAAUAAUAAUAAUAAUAAUAAUAAUAAUAAUAAUAAUAAUAUUAAUAAAAAUAAUAAUGAUAAUGGUAAUGGUAAAGCCGAAAACAUAUAUAGACUUAGUGGUGAUUGUAAAGAAAAAGAAAAGUAUGAUAAUAAUUAUUCAAGAGAAACAGAAAUACCAUUUAAAGUAUUUGAUACCAAAUUUUUAAUAACUACAAUGGAAUGUUCAGACUAUAUUCGAUUUUUUACCUCAAGUUCAAUCAUUUUUAAUACUGAAGUUAAUCAAACUUGUUAUGAUGAUCUUAAAUUAAUUCAAAAGAGAUUAGGUUUUUUAAUUUAUAGUAAUUCAAAUAAAUUUACCUAUCCUUUUGAUUUUUGGAAUAAUAAUAAUAAUAAUAAUAAUAAUAAUAAUAAUAAUAAUAAUAAUAAUAAUAAUAAUAAUAAUAAUAAUAAUAAUAAUAAUAAUAAUAAUAAUAAUAAUAAUAAUAAUAAUAAUAAUAAUAAAAAUGAUGAUGAUGAAUUAGAGAAAUUGGUUGAAUAUAGAAAAGGUUCAUUAAUAUCAUUGGUAUUUAGCUUUGCUGGUUAUAGAUUUUUUUCUUCAUAUAUUAUUGAAAAUUUAACGGGUACAAAUAUUGGUAAUCCAAAUUAUGUAUUUGAUAUUUCAGAGUUAAUGACAGAUUUUGAAAUAAUUAGAGGCCUUCUUUUAUCAAAAUAUUUUAGUAUAUUGUUUAAAAGUCGUAAAUUUACAGUUCCAACAUUAACUAGAUCAACAUUAAUUCCAAUAUUAAUAUUUGCAUUUAUUUCAAAUAUUUCAUAUGAUAUGAAUUGCAACAUUGCUAAUGUAUACCUAAAUUAUUUAUUAUUAAAUAGAGAACUUUAUAAAGGUUCAAUUAGCAUAUCUCAAUUUGGUUGUAUUGUAAAUUAUUUAAAAUGUCAGAAUGAAAUUGAAAAACAGUAUUCAGGAUGUCUAAAGUUAUUAGAGGGUUUAUAUAAUCAUAAAAAAGAAAAAUCACCAAAUGAACCAUAUAGAAUAGAUUUACUUUUUGGUGUGAUAAAUGAUCGUUUGAAAGCUCCAAUUUUUAUAAAUAAAGAUAAGUACGAGUCAUUGUAUUUCGUUUAUCAAGAAGAUUAUCAGAAUCCUUCUGAUCCUUUUCGUGUUUUACCAACCAGAUCCGUAGAUUUGUCUAAAAUAAGUGAAGGAAUAUCAAGAAUGAAAAAUGAUGAUUUUUUAAAUGAAUUGGAAAAAGAAGAAAAACAAAAAAAAUUAAAAACAAAACAAAAAAAGAAAAUUAAGAAAUUAGAAAAUGAAAAAAAACAAAAAGUUCUUCAACAAGAUAAACAACAAGAAAAAGAAAAAAAACAAAAUUAUCAACAACCACAAGAUCUACAACAACAUAAUCUAAAAAUACAAACUCAACAACAACAACAACAACAACAACAACAACAACAACAACAACAACAACAACAACAACAACAACAACAACAACAACAACAACAACAACAACAACAACAACAAUCUCAACAACAACAACAACAACAACAAUCACCACAACAACAAUCACAACAACAAUCACAACAAUCACAACAAAAAUCACAACAACAAUCACAACAAAAAUCACAACAACAAUCACCACCACAACAACAACAACAACAAUCACAACAACCACAACAACAAUCACAACAACAAUCACAACAAAAACAAAAACAUCAAAAACAGCAACAACAGCAAAAACAAGAAAAACAACAGCAAAAACAAGAAAAACAACAGCAAAAACAAGAAAAACCACAACAAAAACAACAACUAGAAAACCAAAUUAAAAAUUUAAAAAUAGAAAUUAAAAAAGAAGAAGAAAAUAAUAAAGAAAUUAAAAAUAAAAAAGAAGAAGUAGAAAAAGAAAAAGAAGAAAAUAAUAAAGAAAUUAAAAGUAAAAGUGAAUUUAUAAUAGUUGAAGAUGAAGAUUUUGUAUCAAUUGGUAAAUUUAAAUUUAAUAGAAAUGAAUCAAAUAUAUUAGGUAGAGGUUCAAAUGGUACAUUAGUAUUUAAAGGUAUAUGGAGUGAUAAAAUACCAGUUGCAAUUAAACAAAUGCAAAAAGCAUUCAAUCCACUAAUAAAUAAAGAAGUUGAAGCAUUAAUAACAUUAACAAAUAAAAAUUGUUCAAAUAUGAUUAGAUAUAUUGAUAAAGAAGAGGAUAAACACUUUGUUUAUUUAGGUUUAACAUUAUGUGAUGUAUCAUUACAAUAUUUAGUUGAAAAUGGUAAAUUAAAUGAAUUCAUAAAUUCAUCAGGUAAAUCAUUAAAUGAACUUGCAAAAGAUAUUAUUAAUGGUGUUCAAUUCCUUCAUUCACAUGAUAUAGUUCAUAAUGAUUUAAAUCCACGUAAUAUUUUAACAUUAUCAACUAAUAAAAAUAAUAAUAAUAAUAAUAAAAGUAAUAAUAAAAUUAAAAGUAAUAAUAAUUCAAAUAAUAAUUCAAAUAAUAAUUCAAAUAAUUCAUUCAUUAUAUCAGAUCUUGGAUUAAGUAAAAUGGAAGUUGAAUCAUCAUAUUCAUUUACAACAAAUGUACCAACAGGUCAAGGUGGUUAUCAUCCAGUUGAAGUAUUACAAAGUAAAAGAAUGACAAAAUCAGUUGAUAUAUUUUCAUUGGGUUGUAUUUUAUUUUAUUUAUUUACAAAUGGUCAACAUCCAUUUGGUAAUGAUAAAUUAUUUAGAAUUUAUAAUAUAAUGUUAAAUAAAGUUAAUUUAGAAUUAUUGGGUCAUAAUUUAUUAGCUUGUGAUUUAAUUAAAUCAAUGAUAUCAAAUGAUGAAUCUAAAAGACCAACAAUUGAAAAUGUUUUAAAUCAUCCAUUAUUUUGGAAUGUAGAAAAGAAAAUACAAUUCAUUGAUGCAGCUUUAAACAUUUGUAAAGAAUCAAAUAAUAGUGGUGGUGGUGGUGGUGGUAAUAAAUUUAAUAAAUCUUUAAAUUAUUUAUUUGUGAUUUCAUUAUCAAGUGAUUAUAUUGAACCAAAAUCAGAACCAUUUUUAAAACAAACAUGGGAUAAAUUAAUUGAUAUUAAUAAUCUAUCAAUUGGUUCAACAAGUCAAUAUCAAUAUGAUCAAAUUAAAGAUUUAAUUAGAUUUAUUAGAAAUACAAUUGUACAUCAUAAAGAUAUUAAAAGAUUAAUUCAACAACAACAGCAACAACAAAAACAACCAACAAUUGAACUACAAUUCAUUAAUAAUAUUUUAACAAAUCAAGAUUCAAUUUUAUUUUAUUUUGAAUCAAAAAUUCCAAAUUUAAUUUAUCAUUUGUAUAAACAAUUAAAAGAAUAUUCAUCAUCAUUUGAUUAUUUAAUUAAAUUUUAUAAUUAA